AUGGCUUUGUAUUACCCAGGAGUUGGCCCCCCAUGGUUCACAGCGCCCAACGCAGUGUACGAGGUCAUCGUCAAUCUCGAAACCAUGAACAUCGACACCCUCCAGUACGACUGGGAAGACGAAGUUGCUGAAGCCGCACCGCCUGUAGCCCCUGAAGUACCCGAGAAGUCUGACGACGGGAACGGGAGUGAGCCGAAAAAAGAGCACAAGAUUCUAGCUAUAUUACAGUCGCAUCUCCUAGCCAAGCACCGCGAGCGUAAAGCCACACCAGAGGCUGCGGAGCGGUCGACGACGCUGCGGAGGGAGGAAGAGGCUUUGAAGACCAUGGAACGAGAAAGGCACGAAGGGGCCAGACGGGAGGAGGAUGCCAUCCGAAGAGAACCUAUCGGCAACAUUCGCAACACAGUUCUCCAACUUGCACCUCGUGCUAGCAAGAUGCACAUCCGAUGCGCCAAAGAGGACGGUUGGUGGUGCGCGAGAGUGUGGGAGGAGGAUCGUGCCCACGAGCUUUUCCCGAAGACUGUGAAGGUUGGCUUCGGCGUGGACUGGGUGUUCAGAGGACGCCACUACGAAGUGUGGUUGUAUGCAGAAGAGGACGACGGGGGGGUUGUCUACUUUGAUCUCACCGAUCAAGAAAAGCGGCCUCAGACCGUUACGGAGGCGUUGGAAGAUGUGUUGGGGCGGAUUAGGAGACUAGAUGCGAGGCAGGGAGUAGCCAGGGGGUUUCUCACUUAG